CGUGGCCCCGCCGGGCCGGAAGCGGGGCGGGGCGGGAAGCGGCGGCGGCGGUUCCGGUAACGGCGGCGGCAGCGGCGAUGAGCUUCGUGUGGCCCUGGCAGUACAGCUUCCCUCCCUUCUUCACGCUGCAGCCCAACGGCGAGACGCGGCAGAAGCAGCUGUCGGCCUGGUGCGCGCUGGCGCUGGCCUACAGCCAGGAGCACCGGCUGCCCGCCAUGACGGUGCGGGAGGCCCAGGACAUCCCGCUGUUCGCCAACCACCGCCUGCAGCGGAAGCUGCCGCUGGAAUCCAUCCAGGUGGUGCUGGAGGAGCUCCGCAAGAACGGGAACCUGGAGUGGUUAGACAAGAACAAAACCAGCUUUCUGAUCAUGUGGAAGAGGCCAGAAGAAUGGGGAAAGCUCAUCUACCAAUGGGUGUCCAAGAACGGCCUGACCAACUCUGUGUUCACGCUGUAUGAACUGGUCAGUGGAGAUGACACAGAGAAUGAAGAGUUUCAUGGCCUGGAUGAGGCCACGCUGCUCCGUGCCCUGCAGGCCUUGCAGCAGGAGCACAAGGCUGAGAUCAUCACGCUGGAUGACGGCCGGGGCGUCAAGUUCUUCUGACUGGAGCCUCCUCCCCUUCCCUGCUGCAGGCUGGGCUCCCCCUGCCAGGCGUUCCUCUCCGGGCCUGGCCCCAAACUGUGACUGCAAGUAGCUGCAUCUUGGGAUUUCUCGGGGCAAGAUGAGUCUGAGAACCCUUCCAAAGACUCAGGAAUAUCCUGAGCUCCUCUGUCUGUCUGUUCUCCCUGUUGGUGUGUUCGAGAGGCUGAAGGAUUUCUGAGAGGGACCCCCCAGGAGUGAAACUGGACUGCUGCUGGUCCCUGUGCCUGGAUGGCCUCGAAGCAGCCCCAGCUGGCUGGUCAGGCUUGGCCUCAGAGGGUCCCCCUGUGGCCCUGGCAGCCACGUGCCUGGGUCCUGCAGUCCUGCUGCAGUGCCACGGGCUGAGGCAGGAGCAGGGGCUGGCUGUGGAAGCCCUCAGUGGCAGAAGGAAGUGCACUUGCUGCCAAGCAGGCUGGGGGAAGCCAGGGAACUAAUUUCAGGUGAUUAAAAGGAGAUGUAUUUAUAGAGCA